AUACACACAACCCUCACCUUCUCCCUUCUAGAGUUCGAAAAAUCAGGAGAGAGAAAAUCCUAAAAACUUGAGCAAUCAUCAAUGGCGGUGUUAAACGGCGUCGUUUUCAAGUCUUCUUCUUGCUGUUACACUACCCAGAUUGGAAAAGUUUCUGGGAAUUCAAGAAAUUCAUGUUUUUUGAAUUCUGAAGUUUGUUUUAGAAGAGGGAAUCGAACACCCAGUUUGAGGGAAUUGAAAUUAAAAGUUGGGAAUCAUGGGUUUGAAGAUGAAGGACACUUAGAUUAUUAUAAUUCUGGGGUUGGAGUUGGGGUUUCGGUUUCUCCUGUUUGUGGAGGGAAAAAGGGAAAGGGGAAAAAAGGGUGGAAUGGGAUUCCGGUGAAAAAGAGGAUGAAAUUGUUGAAGGGUUUGGUUAAGGAUUUGUCGACUUUUUCUGAGUUAGGGUUUGGGUUGAAUUUGGAUUCUGAUAAUAAUCUGGGUUUUGCUGUUGAUGAUGAUAAAUCCAGAACUAUUUCUCAAGCAGCAGAGACACUGUUAGCUCAAUUGAAGCUUCUAAAAGCAGAAGAAGAAAAGAUGAAGAAUUGUGAAUCUUCCUCUUCCUCUUCGGAAUCGAGUGACAGCGAAUGUGAUGAAGUGAUUGACAUGAAAACUAUGAAAAACAAGACUGUUGUUCGACCUAUUGAAACCAAGGAGAUUCAUUCAGUUAUUGAGGAACCACAAACAACUACACCAACCACACUGUUAGCUCAAUCUAUGAGUGAGCAACUUCCUCUAAACUCAGAGCAGAAGUGCAGCAAUAUGAUCCUUGAUUUGACCUUAAACAAGGAUGUAGGAAUCGAAGUUCUAGACUCGGAAACUCUGAAACUGCAUCAGCCAAGAGUGGAAAGUAUAGGGAAGAAGAUCGAGGUUUGUAUGGGCGGGAAGUGCAAGAAAUUAGGUGCCCCGGCAUUGAUGGAGGAGUUUCAAAGAGCAGUAGGCAGCGAGGGAGUUGUUGAAGGGUGCAAGUGCAUGGGCAAGUGUAAAAGUGCACCUAAUGUCAGACUUCAGAAUGGUAAUGUAGGUGCUGAUUCUGUGAAAACUAGUAACCCUCUCUACAUUGGUGUCGGUUUAGAAGACGUAGAGUUGAUCGUUGCAAACUAUUUUGAAGAAGAGGCUAAGGAUCAAUUGCGCUUUGCUGUUGCUGCUGUUUCUUCCUGAAGAAAUUUUAUUGCCAUUACAAGUAUUAUUUCAGUGUCUGAACUGAAAGAGGAGACUAGUGAGAUGAAGCUGUAAUAUUUCUGGAAAUGUAGAAUUAUUACUUUGGAGAGUCUGAUUUCUUAUUAAGGUUUUCUUCUUUUUGGUAAACCUAUUGACCUAUUGUACAUAAAACUCCAAUUCAUUGUAUAAUAUAUACUACUUGGUAAUGUGUAUUGAUUGUGUUUUAGAAACGAGAAAACUAGAAAUUGAAUAGAACAGUGAUUAUUUACUCAA